UCAACCUCCCACAGAGAACAUUACUAGAUGGCGGAUCCCUCUCCUCCCUCUCUUCCCUCCACCUCCCAGCAGAGAAGCGAUAUGCCCCGCCCCUCCGAGCGCUCACCAGCGGGCAGGCGACAAACGCACCUCGGCGAGCAAACUCAGACGUCGGUAACGGAGAAGAUGGCAGAACGUCAACAACAGAAGCACGAAGGCAGGGUUAAGAUCGGACAUUACAUCCUCGGCGACACACUCGGAGUGGGGACAUUCGGCAAAGUGAAGAUUGGAGAGCACCAGCUGACAGGCCAUAAAGUGGCUGUGAAGAUCCUUAACAGACAGAAGAUCCGUAGUCUUGAUGUCGUGGGGAAGAUCAAACGAGAGAUCCAGAAUCUCAAACUGUUCAGACACCCACACAUCAUCAAGCUGUACCAGGUGAUAAGUACACCCACAGAUUUCUUCAUGGUUAUGGAGUAUGUGUCAGGAGGUGAGCUGUUUGACUACAUCUGCAAACAUGGACGGGUGGAAGACACCGAAGCACGCCGCCUUUUCCAGCAGAUAAUAUCAGCUGUAGACUACUGCCACAGGCACAUGGUGGUCCACAGAGACCUCAAACCUGAGAACGUCCUGCUGGACGCCAGCAGGAAUGCCAAGAUUGCAGACUUUGGUUUGUCAAACAUGAUGUCAGAUGGGGAGUUUUUAAGGACAAGCUGUGGCUCACCAAACUAUGCUGCUCCAGAGGUCAUCUCAGGAAGGCUCUAUGCAGGUCCAGAGGUGGACAUCUGGAGCUGUGGUGUGAUCCUGUACGCCCUGCUGUGUGGUACUCUGCCCUUCGACGAUGAGCAUGUCCCUACGCUGUUUAAAAAGAUCAGAGGAGGCGUCUUCUAUAUCCCAGAGUACCUGAACCGCUCUGUGGCUUCACUGCUGAUGUUCAUGCUACAGGUUGACCCCUUGAAGAGAGCCACCAUCAGAGACAUCCGAGAGCAUGAGUGGUUUAAACAGGACCUUCCAGGCUACCUCUUCCCUGAAGACCCUUCAUAUGAUGCCACAGUCCUGGAUGAGGAGGCCGUUAGAGAAGUGUGUGACAAGUUUGAAUGCACCGAGUCUGAGGUCGUUUCCAGCCUUUACAGUGGAGAUCCACAGGAUCAGCUAGCAGUGGCCUACCACCUUAUCAUUGACAACCGGCGCAUUAUGACCCAGGCCAGUGAGUUCUACUUGGCAUCCAGUCCUCCCCAGGGUUCUUUCAUAGAGGAAGGCAUGGCACUGCCUCCUGGAGUCAAACCCCACCCAGAGAGGAUGCCACCGCUCCUGGCUGAUAGCCCCAAGUCUCGCUGCCCUCUGGAUGCUCUGAACACCACCCGGCCCAAACCUUUGACUGUGAAGAAGGCCAAGUGGCACCUGGGUAUCAGGAGUCAGAGUAGACCCUAUGAUAUCAUGGCUGAAGUGUACAGGGCCAUGAGACAACUCAACUUUGACUGGAAGGUGGUGAACCCAUACCAUCUGCGAGUGCGAAGGAAGAAUCCAGUGACAGGAAACCUGGUGAAAAUGAGCCUUCAGCUUUAUCAGGUGGAUAACAGAUCCUACCUUCUGGACUUCAAGAGCAUUGAUGAUGACAUUAUGGAGGCCAUGGGUUUUAAAUCGGGUUCGUCCACUCCCCAGAGGUCAGGUUCCACAGCCGGUCUCCUCAGACCCAGACUGAGCAUCGACUCUGCGAGUCCAGCCAUUGAUCUGCCUCAGCUCAGCUCUUCUCUCCCGGGAUCCCUGUCCGGUAGUGCACCUCUCCUCACCCCCCGUCAGGGAUCACACACCAUGGACUUCUUUGAAAUGUGUGCCAGUCUGAUCACCACACUCGCACGCUGAGGCCUGAUGACUCCCUCUGUUGCUGUAAUAAUCUAGUUUGUCAGUGGGGUUUUUAGGCCAUUUAGGGAGUGUGGAGUUUUCUUUUUUUUUACCUUUCUUCUCCAUCUUUGUGGAAGAGAGAGAGAGAAGUAGUGUUCUACUCAGAUGGAGAAGAGGUAAAGAGAAGCGAGAUGAAUCAAUUUAUUUCAUGUUUUGACACAGUCCUUGGGUGAGAGUCUUGUGUUGAGCCACACCCGAACCUGGGACGACUUUGCUGUGAAAGAGUGUAGGUGAUAGGUCAAAGUUCACAGCUGUGUUGGGAGUCAGCACAGCCUCCAACAAAAAAACCUCAAUCUGUUAUCAACUGCUGCAAAAUCAUCGUCACCACCAUAACACCCAGCACAACUUGAUUAGUUUGUUAAAGUUAGCAUCAAAACUGUGUCAGUGGGAAUAUUUCCACUUCUACAAUUUCAUUUUAGGUUUUUAUAUUAUGUGUUUUUUAAAAAACAGUUUUUGUUAUAAUGUAUAUUAUAUUUAUAUUGUAUCAUAGUACAUAGAGGUUGACAGAGUUAUACCAAAAAACGAAUUAUUUAGAUAUUAGAUCCAUAUUUAUUUUAGAGAUUGUUUUUUAGCCUUUACUUAUACUGUAUUAUUUAAGCACUGGAAAACAAAGAUAUUUAUCCUGAUUUUGAGUACAUUGUAGAUUAUGGACCUAGAGAGACAGCAAGAUAAUCGAAUAAUGUGAGAACAAUAACAAUAAUAUGCUGAAUGGUACUGACUGUGCGCUGCAUUUGGUGCUGAAGACAGAUACAUACCGUCUCAUAUGAGCUUUCAUCAUCUUAGCGUGUUUCACAAUUGGUCAUUUGCCUCGCACUAAUAUAUGAAAGGAAUAUAAUGAUAGAAAAUGAUAGACAUUAAAAUUCUCACUGCCCUGUAGAAAGAAAAGCUUAUGUUUUAUCUGAGCAACAAAAUCCUUCCAUAUAUUAAUUUAAAAAAAGAGCAGAAAACAACCAAAUCUGUUUUUGUCAGCAGUGAUACACAUUCUGUGUAUGAAUAUAUUAAGGUGUUGAUAAUACAGUGGGAGAUAUACUGUAGAAGUUGAUGAUGAUGAUGAUGAAGAAUCCACAUGGAUUGGUUUGUAUCUGCUGCAGAACAAUAUAAGCCAGAGACACUUUUCUCCAGUUGCCUUAAAGAAUGAAACAGUGUUUCUGUGCAUAUUUACCUGUACAUGGAGAGUGUGUGUGUGUGUGUGUGUGUGUGUGUGUGUGUGUGUGUGUGUGUGUGUGUGUGUGUGUGUGUGUGUGUGUGUGUGUGUGUUUCUGUGUGUAUGUGAUGGAGAUCAGACAGACUGACUUGUGUUUGUGUGUGUUGAGAGAUCAACAGUGUUGGAACUAGACAGUGUGGAAAAACCAAGAGAUAAGAAUCAAAACGCAUAGUUUGGUGUCGUGUGGCUGUUGGGGCAGUUUUCUGUGUGUCACUAUCUUCUUGUUUAGCAGUUGCACUUUCACACUCAUUGCUGAGGUCCGCAGUUUGCAAGUGUGUGGUUUAUUGCACUGCACACCUUGUGUGGGUUCUCAGACUGUACUGUUCCUGUUUGUGGAUAUUUGGUGCUGAUGAACGCCACGCUUUUAUUACUUUUAUUAAUGUUCUGCAAAAGUCUUGUCAGUCAUACCAAAGCAGUAUUGUGUAUUGCUGUUUGUACUGGAUUUUCCCCCCAUAAUCUUUUCUAUAGUGGAAGUAGUGCUGCUCAUCUGUUUUUGUCUCUGGGUGUGACUGUUGAGCAAUUUGACUAAAACCUCAUAUCAGCUCCUAAUCCACAAAACAAUACAGAGCACAUUGUCUGUAAAUUUAAUAUAAUACAUACUUCUUAUUACGUUACAUUUCAGGGUUUACAGCCUGUGUAUCGACUCUAAAUGUAGUUUCUUAAUGUUUAUUGUGCUGUAGAAAGUCUCAAGCAUGAGGUUUAUUUUGAGCACUUACUUCCUCACUUUUAUGGCUCCAUCAACACAAUUCUAGUGCAGGUGAUAAAAGAGGUUUGUGUUGGGGACAGUCAGCUGUUUUGGUUAAGUAAGCUUUUCUGGUCCUUUUGUGCCCAAACUAUCGCCACAUGACCCUAUUUUGAGAUACUGCAGCUCGUUCUUUUUGUUUUGUCUGCUCCAGUCAAUCAUUUUCUGUUCUUUUUCACAUUCAAAAAAACACGUGUUUUUCAUGGUUGUGUUUGCAUCAUCACACAAUAUACGGUAUAAUGUCAUAUUGCACAGCCCUGCAUAUUUUCCACUGGUUGGCCUUGAUGGAGAGCAUUGGACAGUGAAAGGACAAAUAGUGUAAAUAAGACAUUAAAAAAGAAAUAAUAACUUGAAUAAUUACUACAAAGUACUGUAUGCAAAUGAAGCAAUGUGUGUAGAAACAAUUUGCUUAACCUCAGCUCAGUAUUAUCCAAAUUUAAUUCAACUUUAUUUUCACAUAUGACUGGCUAAUUCAGAAUCUGGUCUCUUAAAGUGUCGUUCUCAAAUAUUUCCCAGAUUAUUGAUUAAUUUACAUUCUUUAUUUAUUCAUGUUUAUUCAUUGUCUUAUUUAUUUAGUGUAGGUCAAUCAACAGCUUUUGAUUUUGCCUCAUGGGCCGCAUCAUAAAGGCAUUUGGUUGAAACUGUGAAUGCCACAUUAUUGGUUAAUCUGCUGAAACCCUGUGUCAUGUUGUCUUCACUCAUCACUGAUUACGCUCUGAUGUCAGAGGGAGAAACUCUGCUCCCUGCUGGAAAAUGCAUGCAACUGCACACUCGCAGCCAUCUCUUAACACAAAACCAUGUUUCCCUCUUCCAAGAGUCUUCUAUAAUACACUCUGUUCCUGUUUAGUGAGCUGCUUUUGUCACAUCAGGAUCAUUAUUCAUUCACUGCUGCUCAUGACUACAGCAUAAACUGUCAGUAAAUCAGUCAGUGAAGUGCAGCAUCCAGGAGAAGUCAUGGUUCGGAUAUAAAAACUCCUCUGACAUUACUAGUAUACAUGUCCUGUCAGUGAAAACUAAUUUAGCGCUGAACCAUUACAGCUGUAUGCAACUAUCAGUGGCACGUUCGUCAUAGAAACUCUGUGUUUAGAGCUGAUAACACAUGUCAGAGGGCCUGAUCAAAGACUUUCUGUGUUGUACCAAAGUGAAUAUUUUCCUCUAUCCAUCUGUGGUGGGGUUCCAAUGGUGAUUGUAACCUUAACAUAUGUGUGUGUGUGUGUGUGUGUGUGUGGGUGCACACUGGUUAAUGUGAGAGAAUGCGCACGUGUGUGUGUGUGAGAGAGAGAGAGAGAGUGUGUGAUUAUGACCAUGUCCCACUGUCUCUUUGUCUGAUUGAGGUUUGGAUUUCUCUUGUAAUGCACUGCAUGAUGUUGCUGUUAUGAUUUGCACUUUAAUGAGUAUUUAUUGAAGAAAAAAAACCACAAUAAACAAACAUGUAAAAAGGAAA